AUUGUGCUAAUCUGGAAUAGCCCAUUCAGAUUUCCCCAGUAAUCAGGAUGAAUCUGAUGCUGAUUCUUAGGUGUAAACACUAGGUGGAGCUAUGGAAAAGCACUCUGAAAGAUUUCCUGUGUAACCUUUGACUUUUAAACAUGGCUCCCAUGAAGAAAGUGUUGCUUGCUGCUUUUGUUGCUGCCUUUGCAGCCUUCAUUGGACACAGAAUUCUGAAGAUGAAGGAAAUGACCCUUGCUUCCAGAGAAGUGACAGUGAAACAUCUCAAGUGUCAUUAUUUAGAGAAUAUUGAAUAUGGGGCAGAGGAUAUCACAAUACUUAAAGACGGACUGGCCUUCUUGAGCACGGGUUUGAAGUUUUCUAUACUGCCUUCAUUCUCUGACGAUCCGGGGAAAAUGUACAUUUUAGAUCUGCUGCACCCAAAGCCAACUCCAGUGGAGCUACAAAUCAAAGGAGAGCUGGACCUCAGCUCUUUCAACCCACAUGGUAUUAGUGUGUACACUGAUGAAACAGAUGACUCUGUGUACCUGUUUGUUGUCAAUCACCCUGAGCAAAAAGGAAGCCAGGUGGAGAUUUUCCGUUUUGUUGAGCAGGACACACUUGUACACCUUAAAACUAUUACCCACCCUCUACUCCACAGUGUCAAUGACAUUCUUGCAGUCGGCGUAGAGAGCUUCUACGCCACUAAUGAUCACUACUUUCACACUGAUGCUCUUCACAUGCUGACUGUCUUCCUGGGUCUGCCGUUGUGUGAGGUGGUGUACUACAGUCCAGGGGAAGUGAGGGUGGCAGCCAAUGGCAUUAUGGCCUCAAAUGGCAUCAACAUAUCAUCUGAUAAACGGUAUAUUUAUGUUUCUGACAUCAUAGACCAUGAGAUAGAUGUUUUUGAACGACAAGAAGGGGAACAAUUGGUGUAUGUCAAGUCUGUGGCUGUUGGGUCACUUUGUGAUAACAUCGAGGUAGACCACAAGACAGGUGACUUAUGGCUGGGCUGUCAUCCAAAUUCCAUGAAGCUGUCAAACUUUGACCCCGAAGACCCACCUGGCUCUGAGAUCAUCAAGAUCAAGAACAUUCACUCCGAGCAGCCAGUGGUGAGCCAGGAGUACGUCGAUAACGGCCGUGUGAUAAUGGCCUCCACUGUAGCAGCUCCCUUUGAGAAAAAGCUGCUCAUUGGCUCUGCUUUCCAUAAAGCCCUGUGCUGUGAUUUGAAAUAAUCCAUGUACUCUAUAUCUAUACUUGUUUUAAGUCCAGAAAUAUUGUAACAAAAGCUCUGGAUGAAUAUGGAAUCAAAAAAAUCCUAUUUUUUAUUCACUGUUUGCUAAAACAAGAGAACUGUUUCACUGAUACAUACAGUGGCUCAUUGUGUGCAGCCAAUAAUUGUCAAUUUGCAUAAAAUAAAGCCACUGUAAAGCAA